AUGAGACCAAAUCAAUUAUUAUUGAAUGCAGCAAGAAAAACAAGUGGUAGUAAAAUCCCAGUGGAGUUAACACCAUUAUUUAUGGCAUGUUCAGUCGCAUUAAUCUCUGCAAGUUUUUUCACUUAUAGGAAACUUACAACUGAUGAUUCUCUACGUCUAACAAAGAAUCCAGAUCAAUCCAGUUUGGAAGAAGUUUUGGCAGAAAGUGAUCCAAAAUAA